CCUCAGGGCCCCGCCCCCAGGCCCCGCCCCCCGGGGCCGCCGCCGCUCGGGCCCGGCGCGGGAGCGGCAGCGGCAGCGCGGGGAGCGGCGGGCGCGGGAUGGAGCCGCCGGCCAAGGAGGGGCCGCUCUUCGUGCAGCACAGCCACAAGUUCGGCACCAAGAGGUGGAAGCGGGGCUGGUUCGCGCUGUUCCCGGCCAGCCAGCACGGCGUCGCCCGCCUGGAGUUCUUCGACUGCAAGGAGCCGGCGGGGCCCCCCGGGCGGCUGGGCACCCGGCGGCUGGACAAGACGGUGGUGCGGCUGGCCGACUGCACCAGCGUGGCCCCCGCGCCCGCAGAGAGCGGCCCCCGCGCCGGCACCGUCGCCUUCCGCCUGGAGACCAGCGGCAGGAGCUACCUCCUGGCGGCCGACAAGCAGCAGAGCGAGGAGUGGGUGGCGAAGCUGUGCGAGAUCGCCUUCCCGGGGAAUGGCCCCAGCAAUGCUGGCGUGGCAGCCCAGCGUGGCAGAGAGGACAACGGGGAGGCACCGGCCCUGGAGAUGGCUGUGAACUCCAUCUACUACUCGAGAGAUGAAGUGAACGCAUUCUGGGUGACAGUGCAGCGGACCGAGGCUGCAGAGCGAUGUGAGCUACGUGGUGCCUAUGUGCUCAAGGCUGAGCGUGACAGCCUUGUCCUGAAGGACCCACGGACAAACGAGACCCUCUAUGUCUGGCCCUACCGGCUGCUUCGGAGAUACGGCCGGGACAAGGUGAUGUUCUCCUUUGAAGCUGGCCGGCGCUGUGACUCUGGCCCAGGGAACUUCACCUUUGAGACCAAGCAAGGCAAUGAGAUCUUCCGCCUGGUGGAAGACUCCAUCCGGGAGCAGAAAGCACAGGUGGAGGAGAACCGGCAGAGCUGUGAUUCACUGGAUUCAGACAGCCCCAGUGUGGUCCUGAUUCGCCAGGCCCUGGCCGACUCUCUGAGCCUAGAGCUGCCCGUGGAGGGGGACGACACUGCAGCACCCAAAGCAGGACUGGCACCCAGGUCCAUUGCUGCAGCGGAGGAGAGAGACACGGUGUCUCUGCUGAAGAACCGGACCCUGCCAGAGCCCCCAGUGCUGCAGGCCAAGCCCACCGUCCCCAGCACGCCCCCGCGCUCCCCUCUGCCCAAGGCACCACGAGCUGCGCUACUGGCUGAGGACCCCUCCAGCCUGUACUCAGAGCCCCUGGACUCGGUGAAGGGCUUCCGGCCCUGGCUGGACCCGUUGUACUCGGACCCCGUUGACAGCAAGGCCGCAAGUGGGGCCCCAGAUGAGGCGAAGCUCCGGGUGCCAGCACCACUGUACACGGGCGCCUAUGAGCAGGUCCGGGCUGAGGCUCGCAGCCAGGAACCUGGGCAGAAGGAGCACAUCUAUGAUGAGCCCGAGGGCCGUGCUCCACGUGCAGUACCCUCUGCUGCCUGCAUCUAUGAUGAAGCGCGGCCCACGGGCGAGGCCUGGCGUACCCAGGGUCACGAUGGCAAGGGCGGCUACGAGUAUCCCUAUAACCCCAGCACUGAUGACUACUCAGUUCCUGCCUUCCAGGCCAAGGCCAAGGGACCUAAGCCAGUGCCUGCCCCCAAGCCCCCAGCAGCAUUUAUCCCCAAAGGUGUCGAAAGAAGUGGGGACCCUGGCAAGCGGCGAGGGAACCCUGCUUCUGAGAAGGCAGUCAUCAAACCCAGCCUCAACAGCAGCAGCAACAACAAUAACAAAGUGGAGGUGCUGUACAGCCAGGUGGUGAAGCCCCAGCAAGGGCAGAAGAAGGAGCAGUCUGUGGAUGAGUGCAGCUUGUCACCUGUCUAUGAGGACUUAGGAGAGAUAUAACAUGCCACUGCUCUGUACCUGUCUGGGGGAGACUGUGGGGCCUGGACCCACUUGUGAGUGGCACAGGCUACCGUCCUCCAUUGGUCCUGUGGGUGGCUUGGGUUUGGGGACUGUGUGGGACUGGGCAGAGCCCCUCCUGCUCACGAGCACCCAGGGACUGCAUCUCCCUGGGUCCUUCCCACACCUGGGAGCCAGAAUGCUGCAGCUGCUGUAGGUGCCCUUCCUGGCUCAAGCCAGCUCCUCUGACACCUCCUGAUGUGGCAGGAGGGUUGGCUGUGUCGCACUGUGCCUGCUGCUGCGAAUCCAGAGGCUUUGGUUCUGCUCUGGCUUCUCUGGGUAGGCCACAGGGCUGAGAUGUCUACUGCAAUGCCUGGAGGACUGCUUGCAAUCAGUCUCCAGAAGUAUUUUUAUACAAAAGUAUUUUGAUAUUAAAAUCUGUAUGUCUCAUAACAAAGUGUUUGCAUGUAGCAUGUCUAGACUGUCAGGCACAUGACUGGGGAAAUGCUGGUGCAUCACUGCAUCAUUGUGGUGCCUGGUGCCCCUGCUGAGUGGUGCUCACACUCUCACACUCAUGCCAGUCUAUCUGCGCCAGAGCUGCUGAGCUAAGGGGAAACUGCAAAGAAAGUGGGUGCCAGGUCCAGCAGUGGCUAGGAUGCCCUGAUGCCAGCAUGUUAAGGCACAUGUGUCAAACUCACGGAUGCCAGUGUUGGUCUGGAUGUGAAAUGCUGCGAUGACUUGAGCAAGUGCAGGUCUUUUCCAAGCUUAAGGCUGGGCAGAACCAGGCUCCAGGUCUGUGCUGGAGCUCAGUGACUGUUGAUUGGUCACAGGGUCCCUCCUCCCCAGCCUCAUCCUUCUGAUUCCCUUCCUCCCACCACCCACCUUCAGAAGGUGCGGUCUGGGUUCCAUUAACUUUAAUGGCAAAUGCUGUGAUCUGACUGUGGUCUGAGGUGAGGGGUUUGGCUGUGAGUGCUGUGUGGCUAUCCUUGGACAGAAACUUGUGCAAGGGAAAAUAGGUUUCCCUUUUCAUGUUGGUAAUGGUUAUGAGAGAAUUUCUGUUCCUUCCGUGCAGGGCUGUGUCAGGCAUCCUGGAGUUGUCUGUCUCUGAGUCUGGGGCAGCCUGUUGACAGGCUGGUUUGCCAGCCUGUUGACAGAGACAGCAGCAGAGCAGUGGUCUGACAACCUAGCAGUCUGUUAUCUCUGUGCAGAGAGCUAAGCAUGAAUUCUCCAGCCCCAGCUCAGACCCAGGGAGUCAUAAACCAGUGGGGAAGUCUGGAGGGCCAGGUUCGUGCCCCGGGAGUGGGGAGAUGGAAACAAGGCAGCGAGCUCUGAAUAGGUGUUUGGUGCCCAAGUUGCAGGGGGUAUUCCUCAGUCCUGUAACAGUACAGCAUGUGUGUAGCCUGGACCAAUUUUUCACUGUUAUCCUGUGCUGGUCCUCUUCCCUGCUGCAGGAGAUGGGAGAGGGUGUAAGUGGCUUUGGGAGCCUGAGAGAGGCUGAGGUGAGCCCAAUACAGGCAUGUGUCUCCUCCUCAUGCCUGCCUGCUGGGUGGCCCUAUGCAGGUGCUUCAUGUCCUGGGAGCUGUCUGCCCAGCCUCACAAGGGAAGAGUACUGUGCAUGCUCAUAAUCCUUGCUUGUGGCUCCAGUGUCAGGCUCCAAGACCUAAAUGAUGAUGAGCAGCCUUCUGGGAGCUGAGCUCUGGGGCUCUACUUUCCAUACUAUGGUGGGUAUUUGUGUAUCUCCAUCACUGCUGCCACUGUGUCUCAGGGUGGUGCAUUGGCUCCAAAGCAGCUGACCCAGCUUUCACGAAAGAGACUGGUAGGGAAGAAGGAAAAUGCUCCAGCAUCUGUGCCAGAACCAUUGUCCUUGCCACAGCGCAGCACUCCUUUUGGGUGGGAUGAAAAUAUAUUUGUUCUUCUUGCUUCAGCAAUGAUGUCCUCUCUCAUAACAGCUGGCUUAAAACUAAGAGGUAACAACACAAGGCAGGAGGAACACUUCUACAUGUGGCCUGUUCUGUUUAUGGGCUCUGCCACGUGUCAGCAGUGUAUGCAGCCUGGAGGGCUCUUGCUGAUCUGGAGAGCAGUCCAUUUUUUUUUUCUGUCUCAGUCUUGUGGACCAGAUUUGUCAUCUUUCUCAAACUGCUGCUCUGUGCUCUACUUUAUCUCCAUUCUGCAGCAGUUCAGGGUGCCGUAGAUGCUUUGGGAAAGCAUUAGAAACAAGGCAAAUACAGAAUGAGCCUUUGGUUUGUCACACCCAUCCUGUAGCCAAAGCAUGUCUGCAAUGAACUUUAGGAGCAGGAGAUGAUUCUCCUGGAUUUUGUCUGGAUUAGGGUUUCUUCUGUCCUUCCCUUCCCUUUGCCCUGCUUCCACUGUCUCCUUACAACUAAAUUCCAUUUGUUGAACAGUGAAAUGACCAGGUGCAGAAUGAAGGUGGCCCUGGCACGUCACUGUAAUUGUGUGCCAUAGCUGAAUGCAGUCUGCAUACCUGGGGGAACAGCAUCCUGGCAGCCAGUCCUGAGCCAAGGCUUUGCUGAGAUGCCUGGGGAUACACAGCUUUCUUGAUGGCUCAGUGUUUUCUUGCACUGCAGAAAUGGUUCUGGACAAGCAAAUUUGCUUAUGCCCUGUCCGGGUGCUAUGAGCCAGACUCAGUGUAGCAUGGAAUGUCAUUUGGAUAUCAGACUUCCUCGUGUGAGGACAGCCUGUGUGCCUUCCUGUUCUCUGUGAAAAGCCCAGACCCCAGAUUAGCUGAAAAAUGCUCCCAAGUACAGCAGGUCUAGCAGCCACUGGCUGGGAUUAAGAAGUAGUCUUGGUCUCUGUAGGCCAGGUGGCAGUUUUUACCAGGAGAAAAUGACUUGGGAGCUGCCAUUGCCCAGUCAUCCUCUUCCUCUUCCUCUUUGUAUUGCCUUUUUCUGUUUCCCAUUGUGAAAAAUGCAUCCUUUUAUAACCACUUCCUCCUCCCAUUUGGGGCCCUAGCAUGGUGCAGGUGUGAGACAGCUGUUCUGCCAGGUUAUUUGUUCCCAUGUUGGUAUUUGGGAAAGCACCCAAGUCCCUUCUGGCUGUCAGGAGCUGAUCACUGUACUGUGGUGAUCAGGUAGAGGGCUAUUCAAAAGGAAUCCUCCAACAGCCCCAUUUUUUUUUUUGACUUGCUUCCCUUUAUAGUCCCUUUUCCCUCUUCACAACUUUCCCUUUUAGCAGCCUCCUUCCAGUCACAAUAAACCACUGGUCUGUUUGUUUACUUUUUCCCACUGAUAAGGUUGCUAAAGUAAUUUCCAUCUGAGUCAACAGAGCAGUAAAGGAGGGGGGGGGGGUGGAUUAUUUUAUCUUCUGAUUUUGUCACUUUUAUGUUGUCUGGUUUGCAUGCCCCAGGUGGGACGAUUUGCAUGUGCCUUACUGCCAUUUGUUACUGGACACUCCCCAGUUCCACACCCGCUGAGCUUGUUAAUAAAAAGGUAAGGACUGGCUGCUUACCUGCAUACCCCAGGAAAUGCAUCUCCCCAUGCUGUCAGGGAUGUCUGCCUUGUCCUUGAGGUACCUUCCCUUAACAUCUUGCCCUGAGCAGCUGCCUGCAAUGCAACCUCCUGCCAAGUAUGGAGUGCUCCUGGGGCAUGAGAAGAACAGGCCCAUGCAGGAGAAACCAGUGGCAAGGUGGACCCAGGCUUUGCAUGCAACUGUAGAGAUGUGUAGUCGGGCAGUUGUUCAAGGCACAGCUCCCACAGAGGCGCAGAGGAAGCAGGUUGCACUUCUCAGACUUAAUAACAUCUGUGUGAUUCCUUCCCCUGCUCUCAACACUGGGAAGGGUACUGCUGCCCUCAUCAAAGCCUCUGCAGCUCAGUAGUGUACUGUUAAGAUUCAAGACUGAGAUGAGACUACCAGUGUCAGAGGCAAACAGGUGCUGUCAUUACCUUUUCUUCUGUUGGGUGCUUUGCCACCUUAGCGCGUGCCUCAGGAACAGGUAGACAAUAGGUGGCAAUCAGGCCCUGUUACUGAGCUGAGAUCCUGGAGGAAACAGCUCACUCUGCUCUCCUGCUGUUGCAGUCCCUCGGGGAGUGUGCUGCCUGCACCAUGCCCUUGGUCAACCGCAGCUGUUUCUCAGGAAGUGCAGGUCAGUGCUAGGAUUGCUGCACACCAUAUGCAUUAUAGACCACAGGCAGUAAGGUAAUAUUGUAUGGGAGAACUUUAUUUUGAAACAGCAUGUCAGAACAAAGUAGAACGUAAAUGCCUGGUGGUGUACAGUAUCCAGGAAGCCAAGUGAGGCUGCCCCCCCUUGGCUCAGUCACACUGUAUUCAGCUCCGGCUCUGGCAGUAGCAGCUGUUCUAUUGCUGCACUGAAAAAACUGGGGCUCACAUUUGUGCUAGCACUGGGCAGAAGCUCUCUGGAAAGCUCCAGGCUAUAUUCCCCAUUUAAUGAGUCCAAAAUGUACUGACUGUGCUGGCUUGCUGAAUGGCACCGUAGGUGUGGACAGGACACAGGAAGGAGUGCAUCCAAGCAACAGCUGUCUGAGAGAAGAGUGCUUGGGGGUCCAGCUGCAGUGAGCUCUCAUGUGGGACCCAGCCAGGGCAUUGCUGGUGGCUUGGCACUUGCUACAAACCCAUCUGCAAGCUGGGGAGUUGGACGGUGAGACCACCAUGGAAGCAGGCGAGUCAUCAUUGUCUUGUAUAAAUAUAAUGCUGCUCUAGUGGAUAGCAUUCUGGGCUUUACAGUGAAUUCACAAGCCCUGUUUUAUGCUUAUUAAAACACCCUGGUGAAGCUGCUCCUGCAGGAUGAGGGCAGUUUGACAUUGCUUUGUACUUUUGUCUAUCUGCCUGACUUCCUCACCACACUGUCUGCAGCUUUACUGCACUUGCUGACAGUAAUCUGUGGUUUGUGGGCUGCACUAGCCUAUUCUAAGAAACCAUAAUUUGAGGCAUGUUGGUGAUGUGUGCUGAUGAGAAUGGGAAAUACAGGGUGUCGCAGGGGAUAGCUGAAUAGCAAGGGGACAAGGAGCCCCAGAGUAGCAAGCUUCCUGCAGACUGACUUAGUGACUAACAAAACCAUAAAACAAGGAGGAACAAACAAUGGGAAGUGACUGUCUGACCACGGACAGGCUCAGUGUCUUGCCUGACCGCUUCCGGCUCAGUGAGUAAGCCUUAGCAGCCAAGCAGAAGCCAAGCUGUAACUGCACGUGAGCAGGCGUAAGCAGUGCCAUGGGGUAUCUUCACUGCAGGAACUCAUCGUCCUCUUUGGGGAGAAAGGAGUACUCAGAGGAAUCUCUCUUCACCACUGCUGGUCUGAACAACUGGGCAGGAGAAGGAGCCAUCAGAAGGGGUGCUACUGUGGCUUUGGCUCUGCUCUGAUGCUGCAAUGCAGGGAGAAAAAUAUGAAUGCACUUCAUGGAAGGAGGGGCUGGCUUCUCCAACAGCUCUCAGCAUGCUGUCUUUGUCUGCAUGUGCCAGCUGGUCAGCACCUAUCUCCCCCAUAGCACAAGGAUAUGCUAUACCCCACUCACAGCUCUACCAGCUACAAGUGAAUGUUGUUGCUGCCCUGUGCUGCUUUCCCUGUACUGUCAGGCUAUCGGGGGUUACCCAUUUCCCCUCUGCAAGAAGCAGACCAGGAGGACAAGACAGGGUCUACAUAGGCUAGUCAAAGGCAAGAGUCAUACCUGCUUGGAUUGAUGCCGCUCUGGUCGCUGGUCCCUGUGCUGGGCCUGCUGCCUGUGCAGUGGUCUGUACAAUAUACUCUUCAGGUGUUUGUACAGAUUGCUUUUCAGGUGCAAGGGGUUAUAAGUAACUUCCACUUCCAAGCUGUUCAGGGCAGUCUGCUCAGAUAGAAGAAAGAACCUGGUGGUAAUGAGAUAUGCCAGGUGAAGGCUGUGGGCUUUUAUUAUCAUUAGCAUAGUUUUUUUUUUGUUUUGGUUUGGUUUGGGUUUUUUUUGGGGGGGGGGGGAGAGAAUUUUUUUUUUGAGAGAUGGAUGACACUUCUUGGCAUGCUGAAGCAAGAUGGGCUCUUUGGUUGUGCUGCAGCCCACAAGGACUGCUCUUAGCUGUGUAUAGAGCAACAGGCAUCUGCAACCAGGUCUCAGUGGAUUUAAGCUUUCCCUUGCAGGAUACAGUCCUAUCCUCCCCCAUGCCUGAAAUCAGACAACAAGCUGUAGCACCCUGUCUACAUGUUGUUAUCCUCAAUAAUUCUUCAGUAGAUUGCCCCUCAGUAGAUAUACCUCCAUUUGCCCUACCAACUCCACCACAUGGUGCUUGCACCUUUCCUUCACAACCAAUGCCUUUUCUCUGCUGCCCUCUCAGCCUCAGAAGCUGAUAGAAGUUGCUUUCCCACAUAGCAGCAUUGUUCCAAAGGACAAGCAUUUUUCUGUCUGUGAGGAAAACUGUAGGACAUAUUGGCUGCUGGGAAUAAAUUUUGGAAAAGUUCAUCAUGUUCCAGUCACCACUGGACAUUUUCACAGCUGUUUCCUCCUCUGUUCAUCUAAGACCUAUAGUGAGAGCCCUGCCCUUUCUGGCAUCACCUGAAGCAGACACAGAAAACUCAGGAGAAGAACGUAUGGAUGCACAAGAGGAAGUGCAGAAGCCUGAAGCUACUGGAAGACAUCAAGAGAGCUUUUGCGUUGAUGUAUCUUAUGCCUAAAGCACAUGUCUGCAGUCUGCCAUGUUUCCCAGGAGCACGGGAGGUAAGUAUGCCUCAGUAGCAUUUGCAUUCCCUGUGCGUGAAGGGAUUGUUACUCAGAUCCCUGCUUGUAUAGCUGGGAUCCUUUCCACAUAUUUUUGUGUAGGGCCAUCAAUGACUUACCUCUAUAGGGCCCUGCACACUCUCAGGAUGCUCAGCAAGGAGGGCUGGGAAGACUGAUGGCAUCAGGAGCUCUCUUACAGCGAUUGCUUUGACAAGCAGAGUGGCAGAGUCAGAAGGGACAAUGAUGUAGUAGGAAUGCACCACGAUAUUCCAGCUUGGACAAGUGUUCUGUGGAUCGAGUUUGGCCAAAAGCAUCCACUUCCUUUUCUAGAUAGCAAACACCAAAAUCAACGUGAAAAAAAGGUGCAAUAGCCUCUUCCAUCAGCAUUUUUGCUGUAUGGGUUGCUGGGCUCAGGAGCAGAGAGUCAUUCAUAUGUAUCAGAAUAAGAACACUAAUCUGCACUGUGGUUGAGGACAACCUGAGUUUUUUCUAAUUGAAUGCAUGACAAUUCUUAAGAAAACAUCCAAGUUUGAUUUAAGACUUGUUAGUAAUGGAAAGUCUGCCACAUUCCAACCCUUGGUUAACUAUUUUCACAGUUAAAAAUGCUUGUCUAACUCCUUUUGUGACUUUGCACUCCAAACACUGGAUUUUUGAUAGGCUAGAGCACCUUUAAGAUUUGAUGUGCUGUAUCUUCUUUCCAGUGGUUGCAUUGGCUGGAAGGACUUACAAGCCCAACCCUGGCCCAUGAGAUGAAGCUGCAAAUUUUGAAACAUGUUUUCUGGUGAAGGCUAGAUAGAUCUUACUAGAUGUGCACUAACAAUUCCUUUCUGUGUCAAUCCCUCCCCACGAGACUGCAAUUUUACACUCACCAGAAGACUAUGGCAUAGAGCAUGGAAGCUAUGCUGAUUUAACUCCAGUUCAUCCCAGUCUAGCUGCCAGCAGCUUGUGGGCUUGAUGAUGAAAGGCAGUCCAUACAGUACAGACUCACAGACACCUUCGGACUUCAGAGCUCUGUAAAUGUAUAGCUUAUGUUAAUGAAGCACAGCCAGCAUGAAACUGCCAAGACGAGACUGCAGGGGGACGAGUAGCUCAAAUGGCUAUGGCAGUAUCAGCUGCAAUACUGCUACAAAUGUCUGUAAUACUGUGGCCUGCCACUAUGAAACCCUGGAAAAAAAGGUCAGUUGCAGUGGAAAGAACUGCCAUCCAAGGCUUUCUUGAUGAUCAGCAUGGAAUUCAGCAUCCUGCAGCAUGCUGCCAGAUUCCCUUGUGUCUGUGUUGUCAAGAGCAUGCCAUGGACCAUGUCCAACCCUCAUGCAUUUUGAAUACAAAACAGAUUAGUAAUCUGGCUUCUUGGGCAAUAGCUCACUCAGGCAGUUACAUCCCUUCCUACGUGACUUUAGUAUAUUGUGGUUAUCCUUCACUUAAAUGGAGAGGUUGUGCUCUGCUCCUGCACACAGCCAGGAUCCCACCUCAAACACUACCACAUAGUUUUCAAUAUUUGAAGUUGUCCCUAGCACACUUAUGCUUCAUGACAGAGCCGAUAGAUGCUAAGUAGCUGAAGUGCUUUGGAUGUGGGCCAUUUAUGCGCAAUUACUGAGUGCUCUUCAACUACUGACAGGCUGAGAAUCAUUUUAAGAAAAAUUGUACAAAAAGAAGUUCAGAAAUUACACAACUUUUUAAAUAAAAACAAAGCUCAGAAAAGACACUAGAGAGUAUCACUCUUCUUGUUAUUCUCUGUGCCUACCAGCAGAGCUUGCUGAUGGGAAAGCAAAUAAAUUCUUACCUGAAGUCAUGCAGCACUGUGAAGCUUUCAUUGCUUUUUUUUUGCAUUUAGGUAGUGAGAGAACAGCAAUAUCAUAUAUUGGGCAAUGGCUACAACCUAUAAGACUUCACGCUGGAAGGAAACAACUGUUACAUAAAUAAUAUCUAUGUUUUUACACUCAAAAGUGCUAGUGUCGUGGUAACAGUAUUUUUUGACUUUGCACACCUGUCAGCAUGUGUGGGAUGUGCUAAUCCGUAACAUUAAGAGAUACAGGGGAUGUGGGUGUCUUACAGUUGAAUUUUGCUCACAAGCUCUUUGAGUCCCCAGCACUUAAUAUUGAUAUUACUGAUUCCUGCUUGAAAUUGCACAGAAAGAAUUAAGGUUACUUCUAUACGAGCCUUCCAGUUACCAAGCACAAAGAACAUAACACUUACUUUACAACCUGGAGUUUAUACAGCACUGUAGCUGGCCAGGCUGUCAUCUGGCAGGAUGAAUUUGAAUCAGCUGUUUUCAUGGUGCCAUCAGCAGUCCCCAAAAGCAGAGCUGGAUCAAGCAGUCUUUCCUGUAAAUCACACUUCAGGCAUACUAGGAGAAGGAAAUUGGUUUAGACUGCUGGAAAUGGCAACGUGUAGCACACGACAUGCUCAAAGCAUUUACAUACACUUAAUGUUUUCUAGCAACAGCAACUAUUAAGGGAAUAAUAUAAUCAUGGAAUAUCCUGAGUUGUAAGGUCACAACAAGAAUCUUUGAGUCCCAACACUUGGCUCCAUACAGGACUACCUAAAAAUUAAGCCAUAUGUCUCCCUCUCCGGAAGAACAGCGUUAAAGCCUAUGGCAAAAGAAGGCAACAAGCUUUCUCCCAAAGGAGCUACCACAUGCUUGGCACAUUAAUGAAACAAUGACUGGUUGCUAAACCCCGCAGGCAAGUUCCACUUUUCGAGAUGUGUGGCCAGCUGAAGAGGGAGCAGAAGCAUCUUUCCCAAUGCCACGCAGGGUUCAGGGCCAUACUAUUUCCUGCCAGCUUCUCUAGCCAUGUUUGUGGAGAAAUCUGCUAGACUGAGGAUACCAGCACUGGUAUAGUAAGUUAUAUUGCAAGAUACACAUUCCCUGGCUUUCUAAAGACUUCUUGAGUGUGGGAAGGUGAAAAAACCUGACUGCUGAGAAACCUGGUUUGCCUUGCUAGCUACAGUAAUACAAUAUAUUGAUUGUGAAAUUCAAUGUUAUGAUGAAGGAAAAUCAACUUUUAAGAAUAAAACAUAAUUGUCUGCACUGAUCUGGAGGCUGUUAUGGUAGCUACUACGUAAAUAAAAAGUCACACCAAGCUUUCUGAUCUGUUUGCUGUGAAACCUAUCUCCAACAGCCACCAGCACUGACCGCUCUAUGAGCUCUGCUUCCAGUCUAGAGCUAGUCUGUGGACCACUAGCAGAAAACAAGUGUGCUUCUACUGCCAAGGCAAUGUGAAGUAGCACAUUAGAGCCAUAUUGGAGCAGCAUGGAAAGGGGGGGGUGCUGGUACUGCACGUGCAGAUAUCCAUGGCAGCAUAAUACAGCUAACAGCUACUUAGGGGAAGCACUUCUAUCUCCUGUAGCUUUUGGUGUUAUCAGCGCUUGCCCAAGCGUGGGUUAGGAACUUGGUGUUAGGCUCUUAAAAGGAAAAACAAACCAAAACAAAUAUAUAUAUAUAUAUUCCUUAUAAAUAUUCCAGUGUGUUGGCAGGUCUAGCUAUGUUACCUAUUUCAGUUCUAAGUCAAUAAAUAAAAAUACAUGCCAAGUCACUUUGUAAGACAGCUUUUACUUAAGUGACCCUUAGCAUCAAGCACAAGAAACACAAUUUUAGAGCUAUGUAACAGCCAGAAGGUCUCUGGCUCUCAGUAUGUAAGGCCCCUUUACUUUGAUCCAGUGGCUAUAAAGUCACAUGCUCUUCAAAGCACAUCGUAGCUGCAGAAUGGAAAUGGACGAUAGCAUCAGCAACCACAGUACACAACAACUUAGACACAUUCUAAGGAGAUGGCCCCUCAGACUCAGACAACAGAAACUUCAGACAUCUUUCAGUGUCACCCAGAGGCCUUACUUGAAUCUCAAUAUGUAGGGGAACAUGCCCAGCACAGGCCUGGGUAAUCAUUAAGGUUGUGGGAGUCAGGAUCCCCUGCAGAGAGGGAGAGAAAAUUAAAUACUUAGGGUGGUCUUGGGUGCAGUGGCAUAGCUGGAGCCUCCUGAUGGAAGGAGGAGAUGGAGGUGUUCUCUCUCUGAGCCACAGUCAUGAAGCCAUGUUUUAAACAGCAUCUCCAAGCUGAUGACAUUGUCCUCUAUGGUUUGCAGAUCAAUGUCCAUUCCAAGGAUUGCAAUGUCUGCAGGGAAAAAUGGUGAAAAUAUUUUCAGCAAUAGAAAAGAACAUUCUGCAUUUUCCACUACACUAUACCCCAUGAGUUCCUCAAAUGCUUUCACAAAGGAGGUGCUUCAAAAGCCAUUACCAUGCAAAUCAUAACACAGAACUGUGACACCUGCCCUCUUAGAAGAACUUUGCUCUAAGCUGAGCUGCUCCACAGGUCAAAUCAGCAACAGUCUUCAUCACUGGGGCAGAUGCAAUCGCUACUACCAUCUUCAGAGGAGUAGAUGUGACACAUUAUCUGCUGGAGUAAGUGGUUAUCUUAGCACUGACCUUAGGGACUUUUCUGUAAAGUUUAAACCCUUUUCUCCUUUUCAACAAGCAAGGGACACUGGAUGCAUGAUGUUAUGACAAAUCAGAGAAACUGCAAAACAGAAAUGCUAUUGAAAUGGAGUACUUUGUAGUAGCGAUGGAAAAGUACUCCUCAUAUAGAAGAUGAAUGUUACUUUGCAAUAUGGACCCACAACAAAAUUGCUAAACACCCUCAAUGCAUACUUAAAGAAGCAGCUAGUCACAAUCCUGACAAGAACAGAAGCAAAACUUGACCUGGACCUGGACAACACAGAAGACAUGGUUCAAUACGUUACUAUUGAAGUACUGCUUGGUAACAACAAUCAUACAGCAGAACAUCCGUGUAGGUAAAACAACAGGCAAAGCUAUCUACCAUGGUUACUUUCAUUUCAAAUAAGAGAAAUGCAUAAAAUUAUGAGGUUUGUUCAAAAUAAAUUAAAAGAAGUUAAAAAUACCUAGCAAGUAUUUAAGCCACUAUGAUGAAGGUGCAGAGCAAAUAUAUAUGAUCUGUUCACAACAUUUAGAAAUGGGCAAAUGUAGGCUGGACAGCAGAGUCAGGAACUUCAUAAACAAUAUGAAACCCCUCAAUAUAAAUUAAAUAAAUAAAUAAAUAAAACCCUUAACUGUCUAAGUAAUAGCUGAAAUGAGAAGGUGGCAUACAGUCUACCAGAUAUAAUAAAUUUUAAAAAUGAUAAAAAAUAAAAUAGGUGAAAGUGGGAAAAAAUAGAAUCUGAUGAACAAUUUGCAAAAUGCAUAAGACGUAUAAUAUGGGUGUUUAUAAACACAGGAGAAACAGUGUGUUUGCAUUACUCAGGUCACCAUACAACUGACUAUGAAUGCAUAGCAGAAAUAGCUUUUUUGUUUGUUUGUUUGGUUUCCCAAAUGUGUUCACCAGUUCAGCUGGAGACUAAAAUGCAGUGCUAUAUUCAUCUGCAAUGAGAAAUCUUUUCUUUAUGCCUUAGUAUUUAUAGGUUGCAAACAUGAUACUAUGCAUCCUCUCCUACAUUAAAAUAAAUUAAAAAAAAAAAAAA